AUGGACAACUAUAACUUUCACACGUCCGAGACGGUUGACAUGGUUCGCUGGAUUCAAGAGAUGAAGGGAGAGUCGAGUGACAGGCCGUUCCGCGAUAUGCAGCAGAAGCUGGCCGAUGAACUUAUGACGGCUCUGGAAGACAACGACUUGGAAGCCGCCGCAGAGCUCUGCGCUCCCAAUGUCAGGCUCAUUGGAAAUCUAGAAGACCCUGGGCAGAUCUUUGAAGGCCUGGAUGAGAUCCGAGGUUACUGCGACCAGUAUCACGGCCAUGCCUACGAACUGACGACUAUCGCGGACCGUUAUCGUGUCACCAGAAUCAUCGAGUUCCAUGAAAACAACCGAUCUCAACUCAGGGCCAUUAUCCUAGACAUGAAUGACGAAUUCAAGUUCGUUCGUAUCGAGAUGAGACCCCUUGGUCCUGAGAAGCGAGCCGAGUUGAACAAGCCGAGUGUUGUACCCUUCCCGGCUGACAACGCCCUCUGA